UCCUGAGGAGGAGGAGGAGGGAAGAUGGCGACCUCAAACAAUCCGCGGAAAUUCAGUGAGAAAAUAGCCCUGCACAACCAGAAGCAGGCGGAGGAGACCGCGGCCUUCGAGGAGGUGAUGAAGGAUCUGAGCAUCACCCGUGCUGCCCGGUUACAGCUACAGAAGACCCAAUAUUUGCAGUUGGGACAGAAUCGUGGUCAAUACUAUGGAGGAUCUCUGCCAAACGUCAAUCAGAUUGGUAACAGUGCCAUUGACCUGCCUUUCCAGACCCCUUUUCAGUCCUCUGGAUUGGACACAAGUAGAACAACUCGGCAUCAUGGUCUCGUGGACAGGGUUUAUAGAGACAGAAAUCGCCUCGGAUCCCCUCACAGAAGACCUUUGUCUGUGGAUAAACAUGGACGGCAAGUAGACAGUUGUCCCUAUGGCUCUGUGUAUUUAUCACCUCCGCCUGAUACUAGCUGGAGACGGACUAACUCAGAUUCUGCAUUGCAUCAAAGUACAAUGAAUCCUAGUCAACAAGAAGCUUUUAGUGGAAGCUCGCAAGAUAUACAUCAGAAACGAGUGCUAUUACUAUCGGUCCCAGGCAUGGAAGAUAAUUCCUCUGAAGCUGAUAAAGCCCUAAACAAACAAGGAUGGGACACAAAGAAGACAGGCUCUUCAAGGCCUAAAUCAUGUGAAGUUCCUGGAAUAAAUAUUUAUCCUUCUUCAGACCAGGAAAACACUACAAGCCUGAUUCCUGCUGCACAUAACACAGGGGGUUCACUUCCUGACCUGACAAACAUCCACUUCCCUCCUCCAUUAUCAAUUCCUUUAGACCCAGAUGAGUCCUCCUUCCCAACUCUGAGUAACUCUAACAGCACUGGAAACCUUUCAUCCAAUUUAACACACUUGGGCAUCAGCGCUGCCAAUUCGGGAAUGACAACAACGCAAGGGACGGUCACAGGGUCAUCUCAGCAUCGGCAGUCUUCUGUUAGCCCACUGUCAUUAAAUUCUGACUCCAGAAGGCAGCAGUCUCAGCAAAUGUCUCCAACAAUGUCUCCCCUUUCACCUAUAACUCAGGCAGUGGCAAUGGAUGCAUUAUCUCUUGAUCAGCAAUUACCCCCCUACACCUUUUUUACACAGCAAAGUUCACAGCAGCAAACACAAAUGCCAAGCGGCCUGUCCCAGAAUUCUUCAUUAAUGCAGGGCUCUGGUUUACAAAGGGGGUCACAGCUCCCUCCCCUUACAGUCACUAUAUCAACAUCAGUCCCCCAGUCUCCUACAGGAAACCAGACUCCAACCUCCCUGGCUAUAGACAUCAACUCGGCCUCCCUCCAGCAGUACCGCAGUAAUGCUGGAUCCCCAGCCAACCAGUCUCCCACUUCUCCUGUCUCCAAUCAAGGCUUCUCUCCAGGCAGCUCCCCUCAACAUUCAAUCCUUGGAAGUAUGUUUGGUGACUCUUAUUAUGACCAGCAGAUGAAUACACGGCAAGCUAAUGCCCUUUCUCACCAGCUUGAACAGUUUAACAUGAUUGAAAAUGCAAUUAGUUCCAACAGUCUGUACAGUCCAUGCUCAACCCUUAACUACUCUCAGGCAGCCAUGAUGGGACUUACAAGUAGCCACAGUAGCUUACAUGACUCUCAACAACUUAAUUACUCCAGUCAUGGAAACAUCCCCAACAUCAUCCUCACAGUAACAGGAGAGUCUCCUCCCAGUUUAUCCAAGGAACUGACCAAUUCAUUGGCAGGAGUUGGAGAUGUGAGUUUUGACUCAGAUUCACAGUUUCCUCUGGAUGAACUGAAAAUUGAUCCUUUAACCUUGGAUGGACUUCACAUGCUUAAUGACCCAGAUAUGGUCCUGACUGACCCUGCCACAGAAGACACUUUCAGGAUGGAUCGACUGUAGAGUGGAAACACUAUGCCAGGAAAUAUAAUGCUGCCCAUUUCCCCAGCUGAGCAUAAACGUUCAGUGGGCUAGCCAUGUCUAAGGCAACUGCUGAGAGGUGUCGCUCUGUGAUGUACAAUGAGUAAAAACCUUGAUGUCCUAAGCUUGCAAUGCUAAGAAUCCCUCAUUGUGCGCCAUGUUUUAGCUCUUUCAAUCCCCACUGCAUUUUAACGAAGGAGGAUUAUAUCGGAGAAUGCCCAUUUGCUUCCAAAUUCCAACAUGCAUUUAAUAUUUUGUCCAUUAGGAAUAUUCCUUCCAUUUUCAUCUUUUUGGGAAAAUGGAAGAUAAGAUCUGAUUACUAGAAAACCAUGACCUUUUUUGAAUGCUUUACCCAUUUAUAUAUCGUCAUCAAGCAUUUCAACCUUCCUGAAACCUGACAGUCAAACGGUGAUGAACCCCCAGCAUAUCCUGAGAAAUUUCAAUUGCAUUUUGCAGAUGGGUUGUAAUCACACCUCCAAAAUUCUGAGCCUGAAAUUCUAGAUGCAUAUGUAAGCUGUCGGAGAGCACACACUGUUGUCUUGUUAAUGAAGGCAUUUGUGGACUUUUGCAUUGUGGAUUCAUACACAACUAAACCUUUGUCAUGCUGAGCUAAUGAGCUAUUUCAUACUCUGCUUUUUCUUUAAGUUUUCUUUUCUCUGUUUUGUUUUACAUUGGUUCCUGUCAGGAAGGCAAG